AUGAAUUUACGAUGUUCGUAUGCGAUUAUUCUAAUGAAAAUUUUGAGUAAUUUUUGCGAUUUAUUAUAUGUUUUUUCGAAAUAAUUAGCUUUAAAAAGCAAUAUAGUGUUCCAGCGAUUUUUUCCCUAUCGAGCAGGUUGAAACGAAGUCCGAAAGGAGUUUUCAACGUGUUUGCCGUCUAUACAACAGCGAAGAAAAUGACGCAGAUACGCUGUGAAAUAUGCUUCCAAUUUAUAACGAAUAUAGGAGUACAGGAAGAGCCCUACAUUUCGACGUGCGGCCACUUUUAUCACUACCAAUGCUACAGCCGACUGUUGCAAAGCUCAAAGCAGCAAAACAAACAGCAUCAGUACAUCAACAAACGCGCCCAUCCCCGUUGCGUAGCGAUUCUAUCCCCAGCCGAUUUUUCAAGAUUCCAUACUCGAAUUGAUCCUCGAAUACAACACAGCGAAUUGGCCCAGUUACGAGAACAGAAUCAUCAACUCAACACGAUGGCAAGUAACCUCAGCAUUGAAAACGAUAUGCUUCGAGGACAAUUAGCUGAAAAUCUACUAAAUCAGUCGAAGCUGAUGAAGGACUACACGGCGCUGAAAAGCAGUAUUUCCCAACACGCCUUCGCGAAUUGGAAUCAAACUGCAAUGGGCAAUACGAUGGGUCCUCCGCCAGGUAUUCCACAACAGCAACCAUCAAUGUCGCGUCAAAAUGAAUCGAUCGCCGACUGCGCGCCGACGGGACUACACAUUCCGGCACCCGGCACUAAUGAUGCAGCUCAAAAAACACGUCCUCAGAUAGACUACGACCGGAACCGAUUUGAUAUCUCCAAUCACGAAGAUUUUGGAGUAAGGCAUAAUACCGAAGAUCAUACCCGUACGGUUCACCAUAGUCGAUACACGAUUGGCGACAGAUACGAGUGCAUGGAUGUAAUGAAACGAAGAUCGCCACCGGAUGAUAAGAAAGAUGACCCACCGAGCAAAACCUCAAAAACGAACAAACCUUGCGACCGAGAAAUGGAAUGGCAACAAAACUACGAUAGUUUCUACCCAUCACGUAAUAACAGUUCGCAGCAGAUAUGUAGAUAGAUAUUAAUUGAAUACGAGGUAGACCAAAUAGACGUGGUCCUGUGGCCAAUAGUGCUCACAACCAGAAAAAGGAAUAUCUUUGGUUCAGGGUAGCGGAGACCAAAGAAAUAGUGGAACAGUGGAAAAUAUAACGCAUUCGUAAUCGUUCCUCACCAUCGUUGUUAAUACUUUAUACAUAUGUACUUACUUUAGUACAAUUGUAUGCUGAAAAAGACUCGCAUACAGGCAAAAAAGAGUAUUGAGAUAUAACCAAUACCAUUAUGAUUCUUUGUGUGAAUGAAUGUCGUUUUUUAUUAAUCGAUCUGAUUAUUGUUUUCCUAAAUUUGUACCAACAUUUUCCCAAAAUCUACUGUUUAGCAAAACGAGACAAGUUUUAUUUCAUCAUGUUCAAUGAACACUGAAACAGGAUCCCACGUAAAGGUCCGAAAGAAGAGAGCGCCAGAGCUCACCGUCGCUUUCAAAAUCGAUACAAUAUCGAUUCAACUACAAUGAAACCUUUCCAUCCGCUUAACCAAUAUCCGGUGAGAUACACUCUCUUAGGGAUUUUCACGCGUGGAGCUUAUAUUCAUACAGCGUUAGCGGCGCAAGACAUCCUUAUGACCAGUGACGGCUACAUCUACGGAAUGUCGCAGUACAUUUUACAUUUAAAACUCAAACUCCGAAAUGACUUACAUCCGUCAUUAUAUCGAACAGAUUUAGGAAUAAUUGUCGAACUCCUAAAUUUCUUGACAUCUCUACCUACUCUCUAAAUUUUGAAACAGUCAAAUUUCACUGCUUUAGCAGUCACAACAUUUUGCCUUUUUAAAAGCAGCAGUUUUUUGAUUGCAAAACAGUAGAAAAACUACUGAACU